UAUUUUUAUAAGCAUUGACGACGUGUCCAAAAUUUUUUAAAAUAUAUACUUAAUAUAAAUUUAGAUAUACGUGAAAAAUAGUGUCCUAUGAAUCUUAUAACAUAUUGAAAAAAAUAAUAACAAUAAUAAUUAACAAAAAAUAAAAUGUAUAAUAUAUUCUUCCUUUGUUUGAUUAUAAAUUCGGUUAUAACAAAUGUACAUUCAUGUCCUAGUGGUUCAUCGAAAACAUUACCAAAAUGUGAUGAGUAUACUUAUAAAAACUAUGAAGACCGCUCGUCAAUUUUAUCAGAUAUACCAGAUACACGACAAAUCGGACAUUUAUCAUUGACAGGUACUUACAACUCAAUGUCAUACACGACGCCGAAUCCACAGUCACAGACCCAGGAGUUGAAUAUCUUCGAGCAGUUCAAACAUGGAGUCCGCGUAUUCGACAUCGGUGUCCGUACAGUAUUAAAUUAUUUUACAAUCUAUUCAGGGACUGUGUCAAUGCAUCGAACAUUUAUCGACGUGCUUCAUGAACUUAACAGAUGUCUGGAUGAUUAUCCACGUGAAUUUAUUAUUUUAAUAUUACGCUCAGAGUUUGUAUCACCACAAGAUGAUUUACAUCCGGAUAAUUGUAAAAUUCUUAAUGGAUAUUUAACCAGCAACGUUGGAUGGCGUUUGGUUAAUAAUUGGACAUUGACUGAUACUAUUGAUAAACUUCGCGGUAAAAUAUUGCUAACAACAAACGACAUAACAUUUAUCGAUUGCUUAUUUGAAUUAUUUUCUCACUGCUCGUAUCUCAGUAAUAAAGAAUUAUCGUCAAACAGCAAUGAGUUAUCGAUAAUCGACGCUAAAUGGAAUAAAUAUUUGAAAUUUGUUGAAAAUAGUAUCACUCAAGACUAUCCAUGUUUUAUUUACGACUUCACUAUUUAUGAUGAAAAACAUUAUUAUGGUGGACCAGCUAAAUACGGCGGAUAUACUUUUAAGGAUAAAUGCGUUGAACCGCUUAAUCAUAGAUUAGAUAAUCAUUAUCCAGGAGCUAAUCCGUUAAAACUGACCAUCACUGUUCUAGCUUAUCCGACUCAAGAAUUGAUAGAUCAUAUUAAUGAAAUUAAUUUAAUUAAUAUACAUAAUAAGUAAUAAAUGCUUAUUUUUUAUUGUUAUUAUUUUUAAAUAUAGGAGAGGAAGAGGCAAAACGGAGUAGGGGAAGGCGGAAUGGGGACCCCCAAAAAUUUUAUGAAAAAAGGUUAUUUUUUAAAAAUAUCUUUAAAAUAUUCCAAAAUUAAUCUCGUAAAUAUAAUUAAGCAUUAUUUUGAAUUAUUUUUUACCGUUUUCGGAAAAUUUUGAUUUUGUAAAAGAGUAGUACGAAAUUAAUUUGAUUUUUUUUUUCUUAUCAAUUGACAAUAAAAGAUCUUCCAGUAUCAAACUACUUCAGAUGUAUUUUAAUAACCAACUUGAAAAUAUUUAAAUUUUUUUAAAUUUUGAUAUUUAAUAAGCUUUUAGUAAUUUUUAGUCUAUGACUUUAAGCAAUAUAUAAUUGCUCUUUAAAAAAUAUCUUUUUAGGAAUUAAAACUAACUCACCUUUUACUUUUAAGUUAAUAUACACGGAGAAUAAAAUUAAAUAAUUUUGACUAAGUUUGAAAAAAAAAAAAUUCAAUCCGAGAAGUAAUCUUGAAACGUUAAAAAAAUAAAAACUUGUACAAAACUCAAAGUAAAAAUUACAACAUAUUAUUUAGAAUAAUAAUUUCUAUUGAUUAUAAAAAUUAGUACAUUCAAAAUAAAAUUUACUAGCGACAAAUAAAAAUUAUAAUGUACCAAUAAUUUGUACUAUUGUACUUAGUAAAUAUUAGUUAACGCACUUUGUAAAAGAUGUAUUCUGGCGAGUAAUUUUUAAAAUUCAGAUAAUAAUUUUUACAAUCUCAAAUAGUAAUUUUACCUUCCGGAGUGGCAAUUUGUCUUACUGACAUUCUAAAAUGUACAUCAACAUAUGUAGACUUACAUUGGAGAUGUAAUAUUUAUCAACUACGAAACAAAAAUUGCGACUAAUGUACUAACUUUUAAUAAUUCUGAAAACAAUUUUUACUUUUUGUAACGUUGAACUAUUUUUGUAUGGAUAAGUAAAUAUUUAUUUUUUCCAAGCAAAAAUUUAACGAAGCUGUAUUGUAAUUAUUAUAGUGAUUAACAAAUAAAAAACAAACCAUUUAAAAUAGAUAGUUAAACUUUCUCAAAAAUCGAAAGUGUCAGUCGAAAAAUGUUAAUGACUUCUGUUUUAUGACAGAAACUACUCGCACGAAAAAAUAUAUAUUCCGGCAAAAUAGUAUAUAUCCGGCUUAUACCUUGAGUAUUGUAUGUAUGUUAUUUUGCCGGCAUAUAUUCCACAAUAUAUAUUUUUCCGUGUAAGUAUUAAGAAUUUUUUUUUUUUUCUUUACAUCUAAUAAUUCUGCGAGAGAUAAUUUUUAUUUUCGUAAAUUACUUACAAGAAAAUUUAAUUUAAUCGAACUUUUUUUUCACUUGGUUUAGGGAGCAACCCAUUUUUCCCGCAAAAAAUGAAACUUGUUUCAUUAACGGCAGCUCAAAUUUUUUCAAUUUACUUUGAGCAUCAUUAAAUAACAAAAGUUUUAUUUAAUUAAACAUUUAAUUAACUGCAUGAGAAAAAUCUUUAUUCAGUAUUCCAUUAAUGUCGACUGAGGCUUUACUUGCAAAACCUCUUUGUUAAUAACAAAAAAAAUUACAACUUUUUGGUUAGAUUUUUGUACCGUCGUAAGACUCGCCAGAUUUUUCUCUAUUUUGUCCAAUUUUUUACUUCCAUAUGUCAAUUUUUCACCACAAAACUUCGUAAUAAGGGAAGUAGACUAUCAACGUAUCUGAGUCCUUGAAAACAGCAUCGCCUUAAAUCCCGUUUUUCCCCUCCCCCACCUCUAUAUAAAUGCCAAAUAGGUUAUGGCAGCUUAGUUAUAUUUACAUCUAUUUUAUCUAAAUAUCAUUUAAAUGAUUCAUUAUAUUAUAACUGUUAAUUAAAAUUA